CAUUACUGAUUCAUCUCUUUCUCUCUCUCUCUUGUUUUUUUCUUAAACCCUUUUCUUGAGCCUCUCUGCAAAUGCCUCUUCUUUCCCACACUGCCUUUUCAUCUUCUUUUACAAUCCUAUGGCUACUUUCCCUACAUUUCUACGCAGGUUCUGGUAUGUUGUUUGUGGGGUUGAAGAACCGCCAUAGCCAUCCACAGCAUAGAAGCCCAAUGCUCCAUUCCAACCAGACUUCUUGCGAUGUAUUUGCGGGCAGCUGGGUUUAUGACGAAUCUUACCCUCUGUACUCCUAUUCUGCUUGCUCCAUCAUUGACCCCAGGUUUAACUGCCAAAUGUAUGGGCGACGCGACACCGAUUACCUCAAGUACCGAUGGAAACCGGCCAAUUGCGAGCUUCCUAGGUUCAGCGGGCUUGAUUUUCUGAUGAAAAUGAGAGGGAAAAGUGUGAUGUUUGUGGGCGAUUCAUUGGGGCGCAACCAAUGGGAGUCUUUGAUCUGUAUGAUUUCAACUUCUGUUCCACGAACACAGACCCAGAUGCAAGGGGGUGACCCUUUCUCCUCUUUCAAAUUCCUGGAUUAUGGAGUUACAAUCUCUUACUACAAAGCAACAUACCUAGUGGAUAUAGACACAAUUGAGGGGAAAAGGGUUCUGAAACUGGACGACAUAAGAGGGAAUGGGAAUGCUUGGAGGAAUGCCGAUGUGCUUUCUUUCAACACAGGUCACUGGUGGAGUCACAAAGGCGCUUCCCAAGGGUGGGAGUACAUGGAGUAUGGUGGGACUAUGUAUGAAGAUAUGGAUCGAGUUGAUGCACUAGAAAGAGCGCUGAGAACCUGGGCAAGAUGGGUUGAAUCUAAUGUUGAUAUGAGCAGAAGCAGAGUGUUCUUCCAAAGCAUCUCCCCUACUCACUACGGGCCGGGGGAAUGGAACGUGGGACCGGUGACGACGACGAAGAGCUGUUACGGCGAGACAACGCCGAUGACCGGAGAGACAUAUCCGGGUACAUACACCGACCAAAUGGAGGCGGUGAAGGCGGUGCUAGGGGACAUGGCCAACCCCCCAUUCUUGCUCGACAUAACCGCCCUAUCUGCAAUGAGAAAAGACGCACACCCCUCCAUCUAUAGCGGCGACCUCACCCCCGAUCAAAAGGCCAACCCGGAACACGCCUCCGAUUGUAGCCAUUGGUGCCUUCCUGGCUUGCCCGAUACUUGGAAUCAGUUAUUCUACACUGCCCUUUUCUUCUAAUCCUUCUCACUCUAUACACCCUAGCUAGAUUCCUUCCUAGUUUCCUAAUCAGCUUAUUUAUAAUCAUUGAACAUUCUUUGCCUACCAUUAUGCCAUAAUUUUACUAACUUGUAUGGCUGUAUCACUAUAAUAUAUCCACAGACAAAAUUCAGCAAAAAUCCAUUUUUAUCUUUUAA